CCGAAACCUGAGGGAUUUUCCUACUUCUUACCAGAAAUCAUCGAGGGCAACAAGAUCUAUACAGACGUGUGGAGGGAACGUGAUGAAUCCACCAACCACCGUCAGAAACAUGAUGUGGAACUGGAGAAGGAGGAAAAGAGGAAGGAGGUGGAGAAAGAGAUUCGACUUCAGGUGGAUGAGCUCAUGAGAGAAGAGUUGAGGAAUUUGAGAAUGGCAGUUGAGCGGGACUUCAGUGACCCUCCUAAAGCCAAGGUCAAACCCAAAAAGGCCAAAGGUAAAGAGAAAGGAUCGAAGAAGAAGGAGAAAGACUUUACAGCCAACAGGAGUUUGAACUCUCUGUGCGAUGAGUUGAUUGAACAGGGAUUGUUGAAGGCAGCCCCACAGGUUCCUCUGGCCAGUUAUUUAGGAGAUUUCAGUUACUUAGGGAGCACCCUGCUCAGUGCCGACAUCAACCCAAUGCCAUCACUGUACGAUAUCCGCCAGAUCAUCACCAUGUACGCCAUCCUGCCCUUGGGCUCCCAGCCGCUCCAUGAGAAAGCUCCCCUGGUGAAGUCCAUCCUUCUGGCUGGCCCCCAUGGAGUAGGCAAGAAGAUGUUGGUGCACAGUAUCUGCACGGAGUCCUGUGCCACACUGUUUGAUUUGACAGCGAAGAACAUCGCCGGGAAAUACCCAGGAAAAGCAGGUCUGCAAAUGAUGCUUCACAUGGUCUUAAAGGUAGGGCCACUCACCGGGAGAGAGGCGGGGGCUGGAGGGAGUCUGUGA